AUGGAGUUUGCCCUAGAGAGAGAAACUCUCUCUGUCCCUGGUCCCGAUGCAGCCUUCGGAGGCAACGCCGGUGUGGUGCUUCGUUCGAUCUGCGCUAGGAAGAGGUCCUUGUCACUCGCCGGUGUGCUUCCUCACCGGAGAGAGGCAAUCCUCCGAGCUCCAUCCCGUCCACUCCCCGCGAUGGUUCUAGCGGAGCCCUUGGCUCUGUUCCGACCUUCCGCCUCCGCCCCACCCUCUCGCCGGUGUGCUUCUUCGCCGGUGAGUCCCAGUCCCAAUGAUGUAGCGUCAAAAAUACGGUUCACAUCCAUGGCUCAUCAACAAAUGGUUCGAUGCAUAUCAAGGCUUAAAUUCAAAGAAACUUCUAGAAGAUAA